AUGCACCUGAACAAUCUUUACGCCUUAGUUCUGCUACUACUUCCUGCUGCAUCUGCUCGGAAGACUCUUGUAGAUCUCGGGUACACAAAAUAUCAAGGCCAUGAGCUCUCCAAUGGGAUUGUACAGUGGCUAGGCAUGCGUUAUGCUGCUCCUCCUGUAGGAAAGUUGCGAUUUGCUGCGCCGCAGGAUCCAUUGCCAACACAGGGUGUUCAAGAAGCAAGCAAGCACGGCCCCGUUUGUAUCCCAACUGGAGAAUACCCUCUGGGCUCCGGCAAAUCCGAAGAUUGCCUGUUCAUCGAUGUGUAUGCCCCAAAGAAUGCGUCCAAUCUCCCUGUGUUCUUUUGGAUACAAGGCGGUGGGUUCAACUCGAAUUCGAAUGCAAACUAUAAUGGAACCGGUUUGAUCGAAACGUCUGGCUCGGAAAUUGUCGUGGUUACCUUCAACUACCGAGUUGGGCCUUACGGUUUCUUGGCUGGCAAGGAGGUCCAGAAUGGCGGAAGUUUGAAUAACGGCCUGAAAGAUCAGAUCAAGGCUCUCAAAUGGGUCCAGAAACAUAUCAGCAAGUUUGGUGGCAACCCCAAUCAUGUUGUCCUCGGCGGUGAUAGCGCAGGGGCUGCUUCCAUCACCCUGCUGCUCUCAGCCCACGGUGGGAGAAACGAUGGCCUAUUCCACGCUGCUGCUGUAGAGUCACAAAGCUUUGCCACCAUGCUUACAUUGACUGAGAGCCAGUUUGCUUACAACAGCCUGGUCAUCCGCACGGGCUGUGCUAGCGAAAACAACACACUCUCGUGUCUGCGCAAUCUGGAUACAGCAAGCCUUCAGCGCCAGAAUUACAACAUCCCACUCCCUGGAGCGCAAGAGGCACCGCUGUACAUGUACGGGCCGAUUGUCGAUGCAGACCUUGUGCCCGACUAUACAUAUCGUCUUUUCCAUCAGGGUAAGUUUAUCAAGGUACCAGUCAUAUUCGGCGACGACACGAACGAAGGUACUGUUUUUGUACCGAAAGACGUUGCCAACGUCUCGGAAGCCGACAGGUUCCUUCAAAACCAAUUUCCGAAAAUCCAGCUUCAUCACCUUGCCAAAAUCAAUGAGCUGUAUCUGCAGGGGAACCAGACUCAAUCGUUCCCAAACGCUAGUGUUUGGUGGAGACCUGCAAGCAAUGCUUAUGGAGAGAUGCGCUACACCUGUCCUGGUAUCGACAUGUCAACCGUCUACGAAAAUGCUGGUGUCAAGAGCUGGAACUAUCACUACGCCGUGGAAGAUGAAGCCGCCCAAGCGUCGGGUAUUGGUGUGUCCCAUACAGUGGAGGUCAACGCCAUUUGGGGACCCGAGUACGUGAACGGGGGUGCACCUGACUCUUAUACCACCACAAACGCUCCGAUCGUCCCGGUCAUGCAGGGUUACUGGACAAGCUUCAUUAAGACAUUCAACCCGAAUACUCACCGCUAUCCUGGCAGUCCCGAAUGGAAGACUUGGGGUGAUGGGGGAGGGUACAGCCGUAUUUUCAUCAAGACGAACGAAACGAAAAUGGAAAGUGUCCCGGUUGAUCAAAGGCACAGGUGUGGAUAUCUGACCAGCAUUGGGACAGCGCUGGGCCAGUAG